UCUGGCGGAGCGACUACAAAUCCCGAGCGGCCGCAGCGCGUCGCCCUCUUCCGGGGCGUGACAGACGCUGGGGGCAGAAGGAGGGAAGAUAGGGGUUCUCUCUUUUGUGCAUUUACAGAACUUACUUCAUGUCUGACAACAUGCCAGGAGCGAUGACAAAAUUCCGACUGGCCCUGGUCCAGCUCAUGGUGUCACCCCUGAAAGCCAAUAACCUCAGUAGAGUUGGGCAGUUUGUGAAAGAAGCAGCCGUGAAGGGAGCAAAGGUUGUUGCACUCCCUGAAUGUUUCAAUUCUCCCUACGGAACAAAAAAUUUCCCUGAGAAUGCAGAAAGGAUACCUGGAGAGUCGACCCAAAUAUUAUCUGAUGUAGCAAAGGAGUGUAAUGUCUAUCUUAUUGGUGGGUCUAUCCCAGAGGAAGAGAAUGGCAAACUGUACAACACCAGCACUGUGUUUGCACCCAAUGGAUCCAUGCUGAUGAAAUACCGCAAGAUUCACUUGUUUGAUAUUCACGUUCCUGGAAAAAUCCAUUUCCAAGAAUCCGAGACGCUUUCCCCCGGUGACUCGUUAUGCACUUUUGAUACACCUUACUGCAAAAUGGGGAUUGGGAUCUGCUAUGACAUGAGGUUUGCAGAACUGGCUCAGCUUUACACCAAAAAAGGCUGCCAGCUUCUAGUCUAUCCAGGGGCAUUCAACAUGACAACAGGCCCAGCACAUUGGGAGCUCCUACAAAGGGCAAGGGCUGUUGACAACCAGGUGUACGUAGCAUCAGUAUCACCUGCCCGAAGUGAGAAAAGUUCUUAUGUGGCCUGGGGUCACAGCACUGUAGUUAACCCAUGGGGUGAAGUUAUAGCCAAGGCUGGUUCUGAAGAAACUAUCGUAUAUGCAGAUAUAGAUCUGAAAUACCUUUCGGACAUUCGACAGCAGAUACCAAUUCUCAUGCAGAAACGGCAUGACCUGUACAGUGUGCAGGAAAUGAAAGACUGAGGAUUGCACAUAUGGAUCAGGUCUUUGUCAGAAUUAGGAUCGAGACAAUACAGAUUUUCCAAUUAUUUCAAAAAUUUGUGAAUGGAUCUUAAACUCACCUGGAUUUAAGAGUAUAUGCACUGCACUUUUCACAGCUUUUUUAUGUACGGAAUUUUGGAUAAUGACUGAAUUGUAAUAUUGUUACCAGUUUUAAUUGAAAUAAAUCCCAUGAUUUAAGAUGA